AUGAAAUUACUGUUCUGUGUUGUGUUCUCUGUCGCUGUUCUCCAAGUGACAGCAGUUGACACUCAAGACGAGAAGAAUGCCUUUCCAGAUUACUGGCAAGAUGACGAUUACGACAACUAUUUUGACGUAUUAAAAGAUGACAGUAAAGAAAGUAUCGAAGAAAAAGAAGACGUAGACAAAAAAGGAGAGGCUGAAAUACAAGACUUCAUAGGGAACAAUGAAGAGGAAAAUAAACCUUUCAGUAGUGAAGAAUUUGAUGCUUUGGGCGACUACCAGAUUGAGGAUAACAGAUCCAAUGCUGACAACAAAGAAAAUGAUGAUGGUGACGUGCCCGUUGAAAAACAACCCUAUGAUGCAUCCAAACUUAAUCCAGUGAAUGCUCCCGUCGGACCUCUCCAACCUAUAGAAGAUGUAAAAGAAAAUGAUGAAGCCAAGGACAUGUAUGAUGAAUGGUCUAAUGAACUUUCAAAGAAUAAAGAUGACCCUUUUUCAGAUCUUAAAGAAAACGUAGCAUCAUCAGAAGUGCAGGAGGCAGUAAAUGAAGAAAACAGUGACAACAAAGAAGAUUCUUAUAUUAAGUCAGUCAAUGAAGGCAAUGUGGAUCCCCUUUUGGAUCAAAUAAUUGAGGACACUAAAAAAAACUUAGAGGGUAAUAAUGAGUUUGAUUCUAAUGUUGAUGACAAUAAGAAUAAUAUUGAAGAGGAGCCGAAAAUAAAUUAUGAUGACGACACUCCAGAAAAAGUAUUGGAAGACUUAAGUGAUGAUUUAGAUAAACUUUUUCAAACCCUUGAUAAACUAAGUGACAAUGAUUCUGAUUUAGGUGAGAAUGAGGAUUUAGGUGAUGAAAGUGAGGAAAUAGACGACAUUCAAGAUUAUGAAGAGAAGUUCAAAAGGCCUUAUGGAGAGGGUUACAUCAUGUCUCUUAGAGACGAUUAUGAUUACUUUUUAAACAGUAACCUAACUAAUAAUGAAAACGCUGACAAAUCUAAUGAAACUGAGUUAGAUGAAGAUGUAGCAAAAGACAAAACUGCUGAAGUCGAAAAAGCAGAAGUACUGUCUCUUUUAAUUGAUAAUGAAAAAUCUAAUGCCGACAAUAAUGAAUUUUCAGAUGAAAUUGCUAAACUGUCUUUAGAUGACAGCGGAGAUAAGGAAUUCGAAGAUGAUAUCAAGAAACAUUACUAUGGUAAUGAUGGUCUAGUUGAUGAGAAUCUACCCAAGAAUGAUGACGCAGAAGUAUUUUUAACUGCAUCUUCUACAGUAAAUUCUAAAGAUACAGUCACUAGCUCUACACCGAUAGAAAACAAAUCUUCAGAUGCUUACAAUAAAACUACUACUGAGGCAGACAAAGAAGUAGCAGAUACUGCUGCUGAAGCUUCUAGUCCAAAUAGAGCUGUAACUGAAGAGUCAGUUACAACAGAAGAAGUUGAAAAUAAGAAUACCAUGAAAGUAGAUGAACUGAAUAGCUCUGAAUAUAACGAAUUAAUGUCUAAAUUUGCUGUGGCACUUGAAAACUCUCAAGAUUCUGACAAUCAAGUGAGAAACAUCGCUCCCAUACACGUUACUCUGAGUUUAGAUGAGCCUACAGUUAUCACUUCGCCAAAUUACCCCAACUUUUACCCGAUGGGUAUAACUAUGGAUUGGGUAAUUGACGGGCCUGGUGUUGGCAUCGAGUUUAAUAUCACUUCUUGUGAUAUCAACGGAUUUAUUAAUGACUAUCUCCUUGUUAAACCAGGUCGGAUAGACGCAGAAGGAUCUGAUGGUUUAAUAUUCUCCUUCCAGCUCACCUCUGAGCGAAGAUACAGAUUCAUGAACGUAAACCGCAUGUUCGUUAGGUUUCAAACUCACACUUCUAAUUUCUUCAAUUUCAAUGGAUUCUCCUUUAGCGCCAAGAUGAUCUUUCCACCUCCACCACUAGGAGAAGACGAGGAGCUUCCAGAACCUGAACAAGUAGUGACACAAGCUGUGGAAACUACAGAAAUCAACUUGGCUGGCUUGCCAAUUCUGCAAUUCCUCGAAGUCAGGUCGCAGUUCAAACAGCUUAUUGAAGCCAUGGCGCAGGCAUACAUAGAGGACAACUACAUUGACUUGGGAUAUAACACUACGUUGGAAGCGAAUAUCACGAGGACGGCCCUCUGCAACAUCCGUUGGCCGAACCACGAGACCUGUGUCCGCGUGCGCUUUGCCGUGCCUCUUCCUCAUACGACAGAAGACACCGGUCCAAGGCUCAAUGCCACGGAGCUUGACACCAUGUGGAGGACAUAUUCUGUUCAAGAACCGUUUGCUACUACAUUGAGCGACUUGCGAAUUACGGAGUACGUUGUUCCGGAUGACAGCUCAAUCCUCACCGUAUGGCUGGUCAUUGCGUUUGGUGUGGUGAUUGCCAUGUGUCUGCUGGCCGUCGCUCUGUGGCGCUUCAGUUGCUUCGUAGACUACACCAGAAUGAAGUCUUUCAGUGAUUCUGACAGUAUCCAGAACGAGAAGAGAAAUCUUGAUUUGUUUCCCACUCCUCACCAGACGCUGCCACCUCUGUACACGGAGAGUGACUACAAAUGGGCUGAUGAAAAAUAUGAAGAUUCUACCAGAGUGGAUUUGGGAGGCUACGCUAACAAGAGUUAUAUUCGAGAUGAUCUUUUUGAUUUGGAUUCAGACGAAGACGUGAUAGUUCCACAUGAUAGGAAAACCGUAAUAAGUCCCAGAGAUGUCUACGACGUGUGA